AUGCCCUUGGACGCAAAAGAGGUCCGGAGGCGGCGUAGCAGUAGUCUUGUCUAUACCGAACCCCCCGAAUCGCUCGAGCAGCUCAGCGACCAGGCCGCUCUGCCCAACCUCAACGCGGAAUGGGUGAAUGCAAAAGGUGCCUGGGUAAUACACAUCGUCCUCAUCGCCCUCGGCAAGAUAUUAUUCGACAUCAUUCCGGGUGUGUCGCAGGAGACCUCGUGGACCCUGACCAACAUCUCAUAUGUGGCGGGAUCCUAUCUCAUGUUCCACUACGUCCGCGGCGUGCCCUUCGACUUCAAUUCGGGUGCCUACGACAACCUCAACAUGUGGGAACAGAUCGACAACGGCGACCAGUACACACCCGCCAAGAAGUUCCUGCUCAUGGUGCCGAUCGGGCUGUUCUUGCUCAGCACCCACUAUACCCGCUAUGACCUCACAUAUUUCAUCAUCAACACAUUAGCCACACUGGCCGUAGUCAUCCCGAAGCUGCCAGCGCUUGACAUGGCGUGGAAACAGCUGGAGCCGACUGGGCCGCACGUCACCUACGGCGCCAUAACGUUCUUCCUGCUCUCCUACGCUUUGUUCUCGCUGUUCAUCCGCAACCGCCUCCACCUUUCCGAACCACCUCUAGCAACCCUCUUCGGCAUCGUCGUCGGGCCGAAGGGCCUGGCCUUCCUCCAGCCUUACGAGUGGGGCUUCGGCGACGACAUCGUGCAAGAGUUCACGCGCCUCAUCGCCGGCAUCCAGUGCUUCGCCGUCGGCCUCGAGCUCCCACAGCACUACUUCACCAAAGGCGGGAAAUGGAAGGACAUCGCCAUACUCCUCGGCCCCGUGAUGACCUUCGGCUGGCUCGUCUGCGCCGGCUUCAUCAUGCUCCUGUUUAAGACGGACAUCCCCUCCGCCCUCGUCAUAUCUGCGUGUCUAACGCCCACUGACCCCGUUCUCGCUGCCUCCGUCCUGUCCAACUCCCAGUUCAGCACGCGCGUCCCGAAGCGUGUACGCGACCUGCUCUCCGCCGAGUCCGGCGUCAACGACGGCGUGUCAUUUCCCUUCCUGUACCUCGGACUGAGCAUCAUCACGCGCUCGACCUUCGUCGGCAUGUUCAAGAAAUGGAUGCUCAUUACCGUCCUCUACCAGUGCGCGUUCGGCAUCAUCCUCGGACUCGUCAUAGGCUUUACCUUCAACAAGAUCUUCACGUUUAGCCACAAGCGCGAGCUCAUGGGAUCCGCAUCAUACCUCUCAUUCUACCUCCUGCUUGCUGUCUUCGCACUCGGCAUCGCAUCGACGCUGGGCGUAGACGACUUCCUCGUUACCUUCUUCGCAGGUCUGGGUUUCUCCCACGGUGGCAACUUCCCUACCGCCGAUGCCCGCCUGCCCAUCAUCAUAGACUUGAUGCUCAACAGCACUAUGUUCGUCUUCUUCGGCGCCAUGAUCCCCUGGGCGUCCUUCAGCCAGCUCGACUCCAUCACUCCGGGCCGCCUCUUCGCGCUCCUCGCACUCAUCCUGCUCUUCCGCAGAAUCCCCGUCGUCUACGCAAUGUAUAAGAUGAAGCUGCUCCCGCACAUCCGCACAACUACCGAAGCCCUCUUCGCAGGCCACUUCGGCCCCAUGGGCGUCGGCGCCCUCUUCCUCGCCAUCGAGGCCCGCGCCCAGCUCGAAACCGACACUUCCCUCCCGCUUCCUAACCCACCGUCUGACCUGCCCCUCGAAGAACAGCGUACGAUUACGCUAGUCUGGCCGAUUAUCUGCUUUGUGGUGCUGGGCAGUGUCUUGGUGCACGGGAUGAGCACGCUGGUCAUCAGCCUGAGUGGGCAUUUUGCGAGGAAGGAGGGGGAGAGAGCGAGUUUGUUAGGGGGCGAGACGGAGGGUUUGCAUGGGAUGGUGUUUGGGGAGGAGGAUGCGAUGAGGGGGGAGGAUGAGGAUGAGGAUGAGGAGGAUACAAGGAGGAAUGCGCUAUUUAGAGGGACGUGA